AGAGCUUUCUGAUGGCACGGCUGUGAGUGGAACCAGCACAAUAUGUUCAGUGUCGAGGACCUCCUGAUUUCUCAUGGAUACAAAUUGUCCAAAAAUCCCCCGGUUUCAUAUGAGAACAGAUACGAUGGAUACCGGCAUGAAAUUGUGGGGAACAGAUCUGCUCAGAGAACGCUGAACGGGUUUGAAGCAGGCUCUAGAGUUGGGGCAUACAGCAAGAAACCUCUCGUGAAAACCAGCUCGAACAGCACUGAAAGCAGCCAUGGGAGCCAAGGGAGGCAAGCAGGUCCUGGUUACCACCAUGACCUUCAGGGUUUGUCCACUUUUCAUUCUUCAGAAGGGGGGGUUUAUGACAGGCCUCAAUUAGCAUGGUCUUCCCAGCCCAAGACUGAUAAAGAUCUUGCCUACUGGAGAAGACGAGGACAGGACUUCAGCGUGCUCCUGGGCUAUUCCCAGAAAGGCGGUGUGGAAAUGAAAGGCCUGGCUGCGGCCCCGGGGACACCCCGACACCCCAAGGAGAGUCAGCUGAAGGUUGGGACGGGUGCAGGGUGCAUCAGGAGAAGCGGCUUGCAGGAAAGCUGCGAAGUGUCUGGUGACUGCAAAUGGCAAAGUCUGGGAAUGGAAAGCUGGAACCAGCCAAAAAAGGUAGGGAGGCAAAUGUCUGAGGGUGACAGGGAGAAGCUGCUUCAAGAGCUGUAUUCACUGACCCUGGGAGACAACGUACUGAGCACCCACAACAAGGGGAAAUCGCAGUCCUUGCCGAGGGUCCUUUCGCCAGAGAGCAUGAGGUGCGUGGAAAUGCCCUCGCUGACCAACAGUAACAACUCGCUCAGUGUAACUAAAACCCCCUCCUAUCCCCCAAACAGACUGAGUGUGGAACCAGCCAAGCACCAUGAAACAGGCGGCCAUUUCCUUCCCCUGGUGAAACCCAAGUAUGGGAGACCUCUGAAGCCUCCAUCCUAUGAACUGCAGCGGCAGACAAAGGCAUCCACAGAAACUGCGGGUUUCCAGGACCACUACCAGAAAGAUGAACCCACCUCCUACUUAGCCAAAGUUAAUGAGCCAAGGCAAGAUGCUUGCAUUCAAGACUCUGGUUUGGAGCCCCCGGUCUAUGUACCUCCUCCUUCUUACAAAUCCCCACCUCACCAACAUGUGACCCCACGUCCCCCCAAUGAAGUGCCUAAUGCCAACACAUACGCCACCAGCGAUCAGCAAAGUUCUGAACAGCGGGUUGUCCCCUGCCAACGACCAGCUGCAAAUACUUUUGAAGUGGGGGGGGACAACCACCUUCCUCACGGGAAGCAAAGCCAUGCGAGGCGCCCCACUGACUACCUGUGUUCUGUUCAGUAUAUUCCCUUUGAUGACCCUCGGAUACGACAUAUUAAAAUUGCACCACCAGAAGGUCUGCAGGACAACACUAAAUACACUGAAAAUGCAUGUAGUCCUAGUUCCGGUGCUUUGCAAGAGAGAGAUCUUGAAGUACAGUACAACAGUGCCUUUUUGGAUGCAUCAACCUUGUCCAAUUCUGCAAAGGAAGAAAGAACUUCCGACAGCUCCACCAAUAGCAACAGAUGGUUGGCACCAUCCACCCGAGAUCAGGAAAAUUGUGCCUUGCCGGACCAAAGAGACAGCUGUAGCACAACUAAUCACAGCUCCCGUAAUGAAGCCAGACCAGAGUACACAAAAGGCAAACUUUCUGUAAGAAAUUCACAUAUGGACAGCACCUGUGAGACUGUUACCAAAGUGAAAAAGUUUGAACCUGGGACUGGGAUGCAGAGCAAAAAGAGUUCAAAGAAAAAAAUGAAUGAAACUAUAUUUUGUUUGGUCUCUAUCCCAGUUAAAUCAGAAUCCAAUCUGCCAGAUACAGAUAGGAACAACAACAUAACCCAGAGCCCUGAUAAGAAUGGGUUUGAUAACAAUGGGGCUUUGCAAGAACAAAGUCUCUUAAGUAUGUCUUCAACAGACUUGGAGUUACAAGCGCUUACAGGAAGCAUGACCAAUAAAAAUGAGUUACAAAAACAAGAGCUGUGGAGACCAGAAGAGUUCAAACAAAUGAAUGACCUCAGAUUUAUUCAGCCUACAAAACACAGAGAGCUCAAAUACUCUGGCUCCUGGCCAGGUGAUCAGUACAAAGACCAGCAGACACAGACCAGUUUCGCUGAAGAACCUAAAAGCCCACGACUCUUCCAUGGUACAAAGCCUGGGCAGCCCAGUAGUAACAAACUGCUGUCUCCGAAGCUAGGACGUACAGCAUCCAUGAUAGGGUCAAAAUGGACAGGGUUACCUUCUGAUGAGAGAAGCUGCAGACAGGGCGCUUGUGGUAUGAAGGGUCAGAUGUACCUCAGCCCAUCUAGCAACAGUGCAUUUUCCAGGACUGCCACCUCAGUCCUGCAGGCCCCCUCCCCAAAAGCUCACCAGAGCCAGCCUGUGCCUGCUCAGGAGAGGGAAACCGGCCUCCUUUCCAAGGGGGAUGUAGUUAAAGGAGAAGCAGGUGCUCCCUGCAACAGCAAAGAGCUGUUUGGGCAGUUCCUGCCGAAGCCUGUAAGUCGCCGUCCCUGGGAUGCAAUAAGUGAGCUAGAAAGCUUUAACAAGGAGCUGCAAGGGCAGGAGGAGAGCACAAGCAGUGAGGAAGAUAUGGAAAGUGCUGCAGCUUCUCCACAGGCAGAUGCUCUUACUCAGAGGAGGGCAUACAGAAAUGAGAAGUUGAACCAGGAGCCAAAACACAGUGGGAAAUCGGAAACGGUUGUGCCAGAGGUGCCUGUAUUUAAGUCAGGAAGAGUUAAAAGUAAGUCUGAAAGUUGGAGCAUGGGGACAGAGUAUGGUGGCGAGCUGGGCUGCGUUGGCUCUCGAGGCUCCUCGCAGCCAGGAGGGAGCAGUGAAGGAGUCGGGCCAGCAGAUGGAAGUCUGAUAACAGAAAUGAGGACUGGGGAAGCCAAGAGCAGAACAAGCAAGCAGCCAGUUCGCGUGGGCCCUCUCAAGAGACUUAUGUCCAGUAGCCCAAGCAGUUCAUGUCACAGUAAUCCUUUCAAUAACCCUGCCUUGCAGGAGAUGAGUGAAGACCAAAAUUACCUAGACUUUGUUAAACUGAGCAAAGGUGCAACUCCCACAAAUGAUACGGUGUUAGAGAAAGACUCGGUAGUACGCUUGUCACUCAUGAAGAGGAACCAAGGGCACUCUGAGCCAGAUUUGAGGUCAGUGGGACUUGAUGUAGCCCCAGGACCUGGUGCUAACAAUUCUGAUCACUCUUCAAAUGCAAAUGCAGUGGAAAUCCCUGUGAAUGAGUCAUUGCAGGCAAGAGCUGCAAGAAUUUUAGGUAUAGAUAUAGCAGUGGAGUCUCUCCUUCCGGAUGACCACCUUGGGCCACACCCAGGCACUAGCCCUGCAAACGGUGCCCAGGACUUUAAGUCAUCAGUGGGGAGCACAGUAAGUGACAAAGAAGGAAAAAAGGAUGGUUCUUAUGAAGGCAGACGGAAGUGUGGCUGGACAGAGAGUGCUCUUUUUGUUGGAGCGGGAGGACGGUCUUUAUACCCUGAUGAAUGCCAGACCACUCACCAGGAAGCCAGUGCCAAAACACCAGUAACUGAGCGAGUUCUUGAACAACCUGCAAGUCCUAGCCAAGGUGAGGACCAAAGCUUGGUUUGCAAGUCAGCUGUGUACCAGCAUUCAGAAAAGAGAGUGAGAAGCACCUCGAAAGUGAUAGAGACACUCCAAGGCAAGCUCACUUCUCCACCUAGCCGGACUGCCAUGGAUCGCUUAGUGCGAAUGAAAGAAGUUGACUCUGUGUCCCGGAUGAGACGUCUGAGCAUUAAGAGCGCAGACUCAGGAGAGGAGGUGGACGAGGAGAAGCUGUCGAGGGUACAAGAGGAGAGAAACAGCAAACUGGCAAGCUCAGGGGCUGUUUCCAAGCGUGUUAUCACUCUCAGUGAAAAUGGGUAUUUAGGUGGAAUGGACAAGAAGAAGAUUGACAGAGAUUUUUCUUUAGAUACAUACGACCCCACCAAAGUCGAAAAGGUGUGAGAUGAACAGAGAGGAGAAUAGAGAUUAUUGCUCUACUAAGAAUGUUUCACUGAUUUUUUUCUGGGUGCUUUUUGUUUUUGUUCUUUGAUGCUUGGAAAUUGCCUCCAUUUAUGGUGUUCAUGGUGUACUCAUAAUGCCAUUACCACUGUCACUAGGAAUUAGCUAUUCACAUCUGAAACUGUUGCGGAGACCACAGAAAAAUCUGACUUCUACAUUGGAACCAUCUGGCUUUGUAGUGUUAAGACUUUAUGCCUACCGUUGGCAAAGAGUUUUUAUCUGAACUCGGUUUCAGUCUUCAGCAGCGAUGAUGACAUGCAUGAAGUGAGGCUUUUGAGCUUUCUCUUUGGUGUACACGUAAACGUGGACGAUUAGUGAAAUGAUUUUUAAAAGAAUGUGAAUUUGUAAGCUAAACUUCUAAGUACCUACAGCCUAAACUUUGUUUAACUUAAGGGAUUUUUGGCCAUAAGUAGAAAGUGCUGCUGCACUACGUGGGGGAAGGAAUGCGAGAGAAUGGUAGCAAAGACUGUGAAAUUAUUUCUGACUUCCAGAGUUUGAAUUUACUCGGAUUAAAUACUUACUUGCCACCUAGAGAGAAGAAAAGCAAAAACCCCGAAGCUUCUAAAAGACGGAAGACUUUUGUAGUACAGUGUACAGAACGUGUAAUUAUAAUAGCUGGCAACUAGUGUUUCAAACCAAUGCAAAGUAUACCACUGGCUGUUUUGCACUCAGUGUUACCUAUUUUUGUUUUGCUGUUUAGAAAUUCUUUAUAUGAAAGAAUAGUAGCUGGUUUAAAAUAGCCCAUUUUAACAAAGUAACUAUAUUUC